UAUGGCAGGAAGAGCUAUAUGGUGAAGGGCAUGGCUUUUUCUCCUGAUUCCACUAAAAUUGCCAUAGGACAGACUGACAACAUCAUCUAUGUCUACAAGAUUGGAGAAGAUUGGUGAGGCUAGAGACUGAGAGAUGGGGUGGCUAAGAAAAGAAGGGGAAGGCAAGAGAAAUGCCUCACUGGGGAGGAGGAAUAGAGAGGAUGAGAAGCCAGGCUUGGGCGUGGAAGGCCGAGACUUUCUGCAGUCUACUGUGUUGCUUCUCUGCCGUUGCCUGUCCCACAUGUUCUGCAGUUCCGUCCCUGGAGGAAUCAGUCUAAGAUCAACAAGGAGGCCCUGUGAGAUCCUGGGGAGCCCAAAGUGGUGUUGUGUCUUUGUUAUUGUUCUAGAGCUCUUAUAUGUCCUUUCAGGGUUCCUACAGAAUGGUAGGAAACACUUGUGGGCCAGGGAAGGUAUCUCGCCUUUCUUCCCUUACCCCAGCAUCAUAUUUGGGAAUUCCUUUAUGGAAGUGGUUUUUAACAUGCUUUCCUCCCUUUUAUCUGGCAGGGGUGACAAGAAAGUCAUCUGCAACAAGUUCAUCCAGACGAGUGCUGUUACUUGUCUGCAGUGGCCAGCAGAGUACAUCAUUGUCUUUGGACUGGCCGAGGGGAAGGUUCGUUUAGCAAACACUAAAACUAAUAAAUCGUCUACCAUCUAUGGGACAGAUUCUUAUGUGGUGUCAUUGACAACAAAUUGCUCUGGGAAAGGAAUUCUUUCUGGUCAUGCAGAUGGUACCAUUGUUAGGUAUUUUUUUGAUGAUGAAGGCUCUGGAGAGUCACAGGGGAAGUUGGUUAACCACCCAUGCCCACCCUAUGCCUUGGCUUGGGCAACGAACAGCAUCGUGGCUGCAGGCUGCGAUCGGAGGAUUGUGGCCUAUGGAAAGGAAGGCCAUGUGCUACAAACUUUUGAUUACAGCCGUGACCCUCAGGAGCGGGAGUUCACCACAGCUGCAGCAAGUCCUGGUGGCCAGUCUGUUGUGCUGGGGAGUUACGACAGACUUCGGGUGCUCAACUGGAGCCCUCGAAGAAGCAUCUGGGAAGAGGCAAAGCCCAAGGAGAUUGCCAACUUGUACACCAUCACUGCCUUGGCCUGGAAGCGGGAUGGCUCACGACUCUGUGCGGGCACUCUCUGUGGUGGGGUAGAACAGUUUGACUGCUGCCUCCGAAGGAGUAUUUACAAGAACAAGUUUGAGCUGACAUAUGUGGGACCUAGCCAGGUAAUUGUGAAGAACCUGUCAUCGGGGACGCGUGUGGUGCUCAAGUCUCACUACGGCUAUGAGGUGGAAGAGGUGAAAAUCCUGGGAAAAGAACGUUACUUGGUGGCUCACACAUCAGACACUUUGUUGCUGGGGGACCUGAAUACUAACCGACUGAGUGAGGUAGCCUGGCAGGGAUCUGGUGGCAAUGAGAAGUAUUUCUUUGAGAAUGAAAAUGUGUGUAUAAUCUUCAAUGCUGGUGAGCUAACGCUGGUGGAAUAUGGGAGUAAUGACACCCUGGGUUCUGUACGCACUGAAUUCAUGAACCCCCACCUCAUCAGUGUUCGUAUUAAUGAGAGGCGUCAGCGAGGAAUGGAAGACAAUAAGAAAUUGGCUUAUCUUGUUGAUAUCAAGACUAUUGCUAUAGUGGAUCUGGUUGGUGGCUACAACAUUGGUACCAUAAGCCAUGAGAGCCGUGUGGAUUGGCUGGAACUUAAUGAGACUGGGCACAAGCUCCUCUUCAGGGACCGGAAACUUCGUCUGCACUUGUACGAUAUUGAAAGCUGCUCCAAGACGAUGAUCCUCAACUUCUGUUCCUACGUGCAGUGGGUCCCAGGAAGUGAUGUGCUGAUAGCUCAGAACAGAAACAGCUUGUGCGUGUGGUACAACAUCGAGGCACCUGAGAGGGUCACCAUGUCCUCUAUCAGGGGCGAUGUUGUAGGUCUAGAGCGAGGUGGGGGAAAGACCGAGGUGAUGGUGACUGAAGGUGUGACUACAGUUGCCUACACACUGGAUGAGGGCCUUAUCGAGUUUGGAACAGCCAUUGAUGAUGGCAACUACACCCGGGCAACAGCUUUCUUGGAGACUCUGGAAAUGACCCCAGAAACAGAGGCAAUGUGGAAAACUUUGAGUAAACUGGCGCUAGAGGCAAAGCAGCUACACAUUGCUGAGAGGUGCUUUUCUGCUUUGGGCCACGUAGCAAAAGCUCGAUUCCUGCACGAGACCAAUGAAAUUGCAGAUCAAGUGUCUCGGGAAUAUGGAGGAGAAGGAACAGACUUUUACCAGGUCCGAGCACGUCUAGCCAUGCUGGAGAAGAAUUACAAACUGGCCGAAAUGAUCUUCUUAGAGCAGAAUGCUGUUGAGGAGGCCAUGAACAUGUACCAGGAGCUACACCGUUGGGAUGAGUGUAUCGCUGUGGCUGAAGCCAAGGGCCACCCAGCUCUGGAGAAGCUGCGUCGGAGUUACUACCAGUGGCUGAUGGACACACAGCAGGAGGAGCGGGCAGGUGAACUACAGGAGAGCCAAGGGGAUGGGCUAGCAGCCAUCAGCCUCUACCUCAAAGCUGGGCUCCCUGCCAAAGCUGCUAGGGUGGUGCUGACCCGAGAGGAACUGCUUGCCAACACAGAGCUGGUGGAACACAUCACCGCGGCCCUUAUCAAGGGGGAACUAUAUGAAAGGGCAGGUGAUUUGUUUGAGAAGAUUCGAAAUCCUCAGCGGGCCCUCGAGUGCUACUGUAAAGGCAAUGCAUUCAUGAAAGCUGUAGAGCUGGCUCGACUGGCAUUCCCAGUGGAGGUGGUGAGACUAGAGGAGGCAUGGGGGGACCACUUGGUGCAGCAGAAGCAGCUUGAUGCAGCCAUUAAUCACUACAUUGAAGCCCGGUGCUCCAUUAAGGCAAUUGAGGCUGCCCUGGGUGCCCGCCAGUGGAAGAAGGCAAUUUAUAUAUUAGAUCUACAGGACCGGAACACUGCAUCCAAAUACUAUCCUCGUGUGGCCCAGCACUAUGCAUCUCUACAGGAGUACGAGAUUGCUGAGGAACUCUAUACGAAGGGAGAUCGUACAAAAGAUGCUAUCGACAUGUAUACCCAGGCUGGCCGCUGGGAGCAAGCCCACAAGCUGGCAAUGAAGUGCAUGAGGCCUGAAGACGUGUCGGUAUUAUACAUCACCCAGGCUCAGGAGAUGGAGAAGCAGGGCAAGUACCGUGAGGCCGAAAGGCUCUAUGUGACAGUGGAAGAACCUGACCUUGCCAUCACCAUGUUCAAAAAGCACAAAUUGUAUGAUGAUAUGAUCCGCCUGGUAGGGAAACACCACCCAGAUCUACUCAGUGACACACACCUACAUCUGGGCAAGGAGCUGGAGGCUGAAGGCCGGCUACAGGAGGCUGAGUAUCACUACCUUGAGGCUCAGGAAUGGAAGGCAACAGUGAACAUGUAUCGGUCCAGUGGGCUUUGGGAAGAGGCCUACCGGGUGGCCAAGGCUCAUGGAGGAGCUAAUGCCCACAAACACGUGGCCUAUCUGUGGGCGAAGAGCUUGGGAGGAGAGGCUGCGGUUAGACUGCUCAACAAGCUGGGGCUCCUGGAAGCUGCUGUUGACCAUGCUGCUGACAACUGCUCCUUUGAAUUUGCUUUUGAACUCUCUCGGCUGGCCCUCAAGCACAAAACCCCUGAGAUUCACCUUAGAUACGCUAUGUACCUGGAGGAUGAGGGUAAAUUUGAAGAGGCUGAAGCUGAAUUCAUCAGAGCUGGUAAACCCAAGGAAGCAGUCCUCAUGUUUGUCCAUAACCAGGAUUGGGAGGCAGCUCAGCGUGUGGCUGAGGCCCACGACCCUGACAGCGUCGCCGAGGUGCUCGUGGGGCAGGCCCGGGGGGCCUUGGAGGAGAAGGACUUUCAGAAAGCAGAAGGGCUGCUGCUUCGGGCCCAGAGACCAGGCCUGGCCCUCAAUUUUUAUAAGGAGGCUGGACUAUGGAGCGAUGCUCUGCGAAUCUGCAAGGACUAUGUGCCUGGCCAGCUGGAGGCUCUGCAGGAAGAGUAUGAACGGGAAGCUACCAAGAAGGGAGCCAGGGGUAUGGAGGGACUAGUAGAACAAGCUCGACAGUGGGAGCAGGCUGGAGAGUAUAGCCGUGCAGUCGACUGUUACCUCAAAGUGCAUGACUCAGGAAGCAGCAGCCUUGUGGAGAAGUGCUGGAUGAAGGCAGCUGAACUCUCCAUCAAGUUUCUGCCUCCCCAGCGCAGUCUGGAAGUAGUUCGGGCUGUAGGACCCCAGCUGAUUGGAAUUGGAAAGCACAGUGCAGCUGCAGAGCUCUAUCUGAACCUGGAUCUAGUCAAGGAAGCGAUCGAUGCUUUCAUUGAGGGUGAGGAGUGGAACAAGGCCAAGCGUGUGGCCAAGGAGUUAGAUCCCCGGUAUGAAGACUAUGUGGACCAGCAUUAUAAAGAGUUCCUGAAGAAUCAGGGCAAAGUGGACUCGCUGGUGGGUGUGGAUGUUGUAGCUGCCUUGGACCUGUAUGUGGAGCAGGGCCAGUGGGACAAGUGCAUUGAAACAGCUACCAAGCAGAACUACAAGAUUCUGCACAAAUACGUGGCUUUGUAUGCGACUCACCUGAUUCGGGAGGGUGGCUAUGCCCAGGCACUGGCUCUGUAUGUGCAACAUGGCGCCCCUGCUAACCCACAGAACUUCAACAUCUACAAAAGGAUUUUCACUGAUAUGGUGGGCUCACCUGGGACCAACAGUGCUGAGGCCUAUCAUAGCUGGGCUGAUCUUCGGGAUGUCCUCUUCAACCUGUGUGAAAACCUGGUGAAAUCCAGUGAGGCGAACUCUCCAGCCCAUGAGGAGUUUGAGACGAUGCUGCUGAUUGCUCAUUACUAUGCCACACGCUCUGCGGCCCAGAGCGUCAAACAGCUGGAAACUGUGGCUGCCAGGCUUUCGGUUUCGCUCUUACGUCACACCCAGCUACUACCUGCAGACAAGGCCUUCUAUGAAGCUGGCAUUGCUGCCAAGGCAGUUGGCUGGGAGAACAUGGCAUUCAUCUUCCUCAACCGCUUUUUGGAUCUGACUGAUGCAAUUGAAGAAGGGACUCUGGAUGCCCUUGACCACUCUGACUUUCAGGAAACAGAUAUUCCCUUUGAGGUGCCACUUCCAGCCAAGCAGCAUGUACCGGAGGCUGAGAGAGAAGAGGUUCGUGACUGGGUGCUCACAGUCUCAAUGGACCAGCGGCUAGAGCAAGUUCUGCCCCGGGAUGAGCGUGGCACCUAUGAGGCUUCCCUGAUGGCGGCGAGCACUGGAGUUCGGGCACUACCCUGCCUUAUUACAGGAUACCCCAUUCUGAGGAACAAAAUUGAAUUUAAGCGGCCAGGGAAGGCAGCUAACAAGGACAACUGGAAUAAAUUCCUUAUGGCCAUCAAGACUUCUCACAGCCCAGUGUGCCAGGAUGUGCUGAAAUUCAUCAGCCAGUGGUGUGGAGGGCUACCCAGCACUAGCUUUUCCUUUCAUUAGCUGAUAGAGCUAAGGGAAGUUAUAAACUCAUUAAAGUUUUAUAAGUAAGUGAGACCACUGUAUUCUUUGAUCAAGGUCACCCCCAUCACCAGCCCAGUGCCCCUUCCCUGCAAAAGGAAUCAUGAUUGAGUGCAAAAACAGAGAAGUUAUUUUAUUACAACUGUUUAUACUGCCGUAGGGGUCAGGGUCCCCUGCUUAGUGGCCAACCCUUGUGAACUGAGCCUCUGGAACAGCACCUGCUUGAUAGAGGGGAGAGCCCAGGUCAGAGGGGGAAGCAGCAAAGAACCAGACCCAGUUCUAAGGGCAGUUCCCUGCCCCCACUCUUACUCAGGCCACAGCCCUCAUAGCCCAUUACCUGUCCUAAACCCAACUUUUCUGGGAUGCCUGGAUUUCUUGAUUUUGAAUCAGUAGCUGCUCAUUUUCCUGCCUUUUGCAUUUAGGUGGUUCAAGCUCUGUCAGUUCCUCCAGCUGCGGAAGAGGGUGGAGUUAGUACCCUGGCCCUGAAUUAUAGAUUAGCAUCUUUUCAAUGGAAUCUAAACUUUUAAAGCCCUCCUCACAAGUUUCUCAGCAGGAGAGCCCAGGAACCUUCCUGCUCUUCUUCCUUACCUGCUGCUGCAGCCCUUCCUUCCUGCAGGGCCCAACCCCUCGAAGGAUGAGUGCAGCCAAACAGCAGUAACCAGACAGCCCCACCUCCACUGCAGACAUGACCAAAGAAGGGAUCCAAAGAGCCAAGGCUGUAUCCUAAAAGGCAAGGAUAAAGGAUGGGGACUAACAGAGUGAGGCAGGAGGAGUAAGUAGGCAAAAUUAAAAGGGCAGAAGGGCCAAAGCUUUGAGGACUGCAAAAAGGAUGAGAAAGAGUAUGCUCACGUAGAUUCUCGUGGGGUCAAAGGGGCAGUCAGCAUGUCCAGACCCCUGGUCCAGUGGUACCAAAGGAUCCAGCAGUCCUGGAUGGCAGUCAGCGAUAAGACGGCGGCCACCAUUGGCCACAGUGAGUGACACAGCAAGGAGGAGGCCCAGGGAGCACGCAGCAGACAAGAGCAGAUUCACCAGAGCUAGGGCCAGCAGGGCCCAGUGCUGGCAGGGGCAGAAGAUCAGAGUGAGCAGCUGAGGGUGGCUAAUUUUCCCACUGACUAGACACCUCAGCUUCUGAUUGAGGCUCCUCCCCAUUUAAAGAUGGAGCUGAAUCACCCCCCAUUUCCCUGGGCAAAGGCUUCCUUACAAGCUCGAGAAGUCCCCUCUCACCAGUGGCGGGCAAAGAAGAUUCCUGGAUGCCAGGAGGGCCACAAGUCCCACGGAAACACUCUAUGGAAGACACAAGGCCUGAGGCCUGCUCUGCUCUCAGCGCUCACCGCCCUCGGCCCCGCCCCACCCGUCGGCUCACCAGCAGCCCCGAGCCCACGGAGAUGACAUUGGCUGUGGUGUAUUCUGGUGUGACGGCGCCGCGGGGAUUGGCCACGUGCCGCAGGACGGUGCCGUGCAGCACGGCCCCGAGCAGCAGGUUCACGUGGCCCACCAGGAUCAGCGCAAGCCCCACACUCAUAAGCCGCUGGGGCCCCCGGGCCGCGUCUGUAAAGCAGGGCGGAGGGACGGGCCUGAGCCGGGGGACAGGGAAGGCACGCGGGUCGCAGGCAGCCCCAGGUUAACCUUGGGCUGUAGGAUGAGCAGAGGAAGAGAAGUCGCAGGGGAGUCGGAAGGGCCGGAAAUUACCGAAUCUGCAGAGGCGGCGGCACCUCAUCCUGCUCCUACACGCCUCGCCGCCGCCGGGCAGCCCUACCUGGUUCUGGCCCCGCCCCGCGGCCUGCGGCCCAGUUCCGCCCCGAUUACUACCUGAAGGAAGCCCAACCACCGCGCCCCUGGCGGCGGGCUCGGAUCCCCGCUCCCCCUAGCGGGUAAGGCCAAACACACACGACGCUUUUAGCAAAAAGUAGACUUUUAUUACAGCAGCAACUGAGGUGAACCCAAUGGCCCCCCGAGGGCCACCACUGCAGCACCACCCUUCUCUCCCGCCCGUCUGCCCCAGCGGGAUUGCAGAAUUCAGCUCUCCCAGUGCCCGCGGGCCUGCUUUCCACAUAGGCUGGGCGGGAGCCAGCAGGUCAGCUACUAGCCCCCAACUAGAAGGUGGCUGCUGAGAAGGCCCAGGCCCACGUCUGUGCAAAACAAGUAAACAAAGUGCAGAGGGGAGGAAGAGAAGGAGCAGAGGAGGAUGAUGCUCAGAACCAGGGAGUCCCCAAAGCCCUCCGAAGGAGAGACAGGGCUUCACAGGGUAAUACUGACUGGGGGGAGGGGGUCAAGAGGGCUGUCGCACAUCUAGUGACAGCCGCAGCUCAGAUUAGGGGCCUGGCCCAAGUGAGCUCUAAGAGGAGACGGUGACAGCGGCUGAGUUGAGGGUGCUGUUCCUGGCAAAAUUGAACUUGU